AUUAAGGCCUGCCUCAGAGUGAGAGAGCACUCCCUGCCCAGCUGUGCAAGGGAGAGCUGACAGCACCACCACCACCACCAAGCAUGAAGCUCCUGGGGAUUGCCUUCUUUUUCCUAGCUGUACUCUGUGUUUGCACUGUGGGAGAAACUGUUACUCUAACCAGUACCCUCCAUGCAACCGUUUCUGCAUCAACAUCAAAAUCUGUAAUGGAAGCUGCAUCAAUUUCACAAGCAACAGCAUUGCAAGUGUCAGUGCUGACGACAACUGCAAUCAGAGCUACAAAUGAAUCCAUCACAAGCAACUCCACGACUUCUUCACCUAAUACUACACAACAAAUAACACAAGGUACAACAACACAACCAUCAGUAAAAGCGACCACUACAGCAGCAGAUAAAAGUGUCAGCACAACAAAAACUACACAAGCAAGUGGAACACAAUUGGCACAAAAUGAGAGUUUGGAUGCUUCAUCUACUAAGGCGUGGUCUUUUUCUUCUACAAUGUCUCCACAAAAAAACACUUCUGCUCCUGGAACCUCAGGCCUUCACAUGAGCUCCCCGACAGAAUCGACAACUUUCGGCAGUCCUGGAAGCAGUUCUGGAAACAAGAAAGUGCCAGAGAGUGCUAUCCACUAUUCUAGCGUUAUCUUGCCAAUUGUCAUCACCUUGAUAGUCAUUACCCUUUCUGUCUUCUCACUGGUGGCUUUGUACAGAAUGUGCCAGAAGAAAACUCCAGAGAGACAAGAAAACGGCACUGAACAGGCCCAAUCAGAUAAAGAAGGAGUCAAACUUCUUUCUGUGAAGACAACUUCUCCUGAGACUGGAUCCAGGUGGAUGCCUGUAGGAGCCGGUGAAGAAGCCGGGUCUCUCGGUGUGGCACUCUGUCACUGAAAAUUCCCUUCCCUCCUCCUCUCACUUGCAAGAUAAGCAAUGCAGGUCAGCGGAGAGCAGUCUCCUGGCAUGCUGCG